GACCUUGCCCACAGUCCCAAAGCGAUCGUCGAUGGCCUGCUGCAGAUGAAUUACCGCGCGCCCUCGAAGAUUCAGGCGAUGGUGAUUCCGCUGGUCACGAAAGAUCCCCCCCAGAAUUUGAUCUGUCAGUCUCAGACCGGCACCGGAAAGACAGCGGCAUACACUAUUGCGAUGCUUCAGCGCGUCGACAUAAGUCUCAUGGCGCCGCAGGCGUUGUGUAUCGUUCCGACCCGAGAGCUUGCCCGGCAGGUGGUGGUCUAUGUCAACACGGUUGCUCAGUUCAUGCCGGAUAUCACGACUGAGCUCUGCGUUCCAAAGUCGAACGCCAGAGGCACCAAGAUCGCCGCCCACAUUGUCGUUGGAACGCCCGGUACAACCCAAAGCUGCCUCCGCCACAAGCAGCUCGAUGCUUCUAAGCUCAAGAUUUUCGUCCUGGACGAGGCGGACAACAUGCUCGAAAGCUCGGGUGUGGCCGAAAUGGUGAUCCGGUCGUUAAAGUUCCUGCCUAACCGUAUCCAAACAAUGAUGUUCAGCGCGACCUGGGCUCCAGAGCUUCUCACCUACGCCAAAACCUUAUGUCCGAAUCCACACACUAUAACACUGCAGCGCCAUGAGUUGACGAUGAAGGGCAUCAAGCAGAUCUAUAUGGAUUGCAAGGAUGAGGAGGACAAGUACCGUGUAUUGGUCAUGCUCUACCACGUCAUGACGGUUGCUUCGUCCAUCAUCUUUGUCAAGAGACGUGACACAGCCGACCGUAUUGCUCGCCGGAUGGAAGCCGAAGGCCACAAGGUUGCAGUCCUACACGCAGGCCUCCACACUGUGACCGAUCGUGAUGAAAUCAUUGAUAGCUUCCGUCACGGAAAGUGCAAGGUCCUGGUCACCACCAAUGUCCUGGCUCGCGGUAUCGAUGUCGCUACGACUUCGAUGGUGAUCAAUUACGAUCUCCCGCGCACGCUGAUCGACGCUCCCGACCCAGUCACGUACCUCCACCGUAUCGGCCGCACCGGACGUUUCGGACGCGAUGGCAUUUCCAUCUCCUUCGUCCACGAUGCUCGCAGCUGGCAGGAGCUCCAGGAGAUUCAGAGCUACUUCGGCGUCAGCAUCUCGUUGGUGCCUGCGGACGACGUCAACAUUGUCGAGAACAUGAUCGAGAAGAUCAUGAAGAGCAACAACGAAAUGCUCACGGCGCUGAGUGACAUGAAGAAGAGCAGGCACGCGCCGAAGUCGAACGGAUUCUGA